AUGAGCGACAGCAGCUUUUUGAAUUCAAGCAAUAUACAAAAAUUAAAUAAAGAAUUAAAUGAUCUGAAAUCGCGGAAAGUUUUAACUGAUAUGCUUAAUCAGCAGAUUGAUGUAAAUGAGCAUCUCUCACAAGAAAACGCAACUUUAAUAAUGAAUUAAAGAAAGUUAUUGAAUUUAAUUUAGUCAAAGGAUAGAAUCAUAGAAGAUAUAAAAUCAGGUACUUUAUCAUUUUGUGAUCAAGGAUAGGAUGAUGGAGGAGGCGAUCACAAUGCAAGCACAUAUAGAUAGAUUUAGAUAUAGUUAUAUUAGAAUAAAGCUCAGUUGAUGGCUGAUCAUUAACAAUAAAUCAUUCUUUAAAAAACUCUACAAGGAGGAUUAUAGUUAAAAAUAGUUUAUGAAAAGCAUUCGCUUUAAAAUAAGUUUUCAUUUUUUGAAAGGUUGAAAGAAUUACGAUCUAGUAUUUAAAAGCAAUAAAUAUUUAGUUAAGUAGAAAUGAAAAGCCAGUAGAAUUAGAUUUUAAGACUUUAUUCUUUGUUUAAGGUCUUGCUUUCUUUGAUUUAUAAGAAAAAGAAAACAGGAUUUGCUGCUCUGUGCUGCUAUUAUAUAAAAUAAAAUUAGCAAGAAAUAUAUUAAAAAGAAUAGGUUAAGAUAAUUCAAUAAAUGUAAAAUGAAUAUAAAAAAAAUAAUGAUCCAUUAACUAUCUAUAAAUAAUUCUAUGAUUUGUUUAAGUAAAGUAAAGCUGCUUAAAAAUUCAGUAAAAAUAAAGGGAAAAACUAAGAUAAUAAAAUUAGUCAUGCUUAGUCUUUAAACAAAUUGACUUUUGUUGUAUCUAAUUAUUCCUAAUAAUUAUAAAAGUAAGCCAAUCAAGGAUCAUUCAUGAAAACAGUUUAAAAAUUAAAAUAAUGCAAUAAAUAUUAAAAUUUUUCAAAGCGACUCAAAGCUGUGAUUAUUUAAUAAAAGGAUAGAAUUUUAGAACUUCUUUAGCAAUCCAAUUCUAGCUAAGAAUAGGUCUAAGAUUUUAUCAAAAAAACUUAAAUUAUAGUUAAUACUAUUUAAAAUGAUUUCAAUGUCAAGUGCAAAGAAAUAGAGCAGCUCAAUUAGGAAAAAGUGUAUUUAUAAUAAACUCAUUAGUAGGAAAUAGAUAGUUUGGAAGAGUAGCUCCAAGAAAUACGUUAGUAGAGAGAGGAAUCUUUAUAAAAUUUAAAGGAAAAAUAAGACAUAUAAAGCAAAUAUCAGUAGAAAUGUAUGGAAAUAGAGGAAUUAAAAGAUUAAAAUCAAAAGAAUUCAAGAGAACUUUAAGUUUAAAUUGAUGCAUACGAAUAAAAGUUUAAUCAAUUCUAAGAGAUUCAUGACGAAGUCAUAGGUUAGCUUUAAGAAGUUUAAGACGCUUACAAUUAAAAGUGUGCAGAGAAUGCACAAGUAAUAGAAGAGAGAGAUAAAUAGUAGCAAGAAGCUGAGGAAUUUAUUUUAAAACUUCAAAAAUAGUUGCAAGAAAGGCAUAAUGAAGGUGAAGAAGAUAAAUCACUAAUUUAAGAAUAACUCAAAAUUUAAUAGGAAAAGUACGAAUAAAAAUGUAAUUAAUAUGAUGAAUUUUUGGAGUAAAGCUAAAAGCAAAAGAAAGAAUUUGAUGAUGCUAUUAUGAAAUUAUAGAAAGAAUUAAAGUAGUACAAAAUAAAUGAUGAAGAAGGCCAAUAGCAACUAAUUUAAUAUGAGUAGAAAAUAGAAAUGCUUAAAAAGGAAUUGCUAUAAAACAAAUAAUUCAUCAAAGAAUUUGAAUUUCAAAAGGAAGAAUCUUAACUUGAAAUUGAAACUCUCACUAAAAAAAUUUAACAAUUACAAGCUGAAAAGAAUAAUCUUGUCAACAACUUAGAAAUAAGUGUAGCGAAUCUCAAAGAUCUUAAAUAGUAAAAUGAUCACAUUAACAGCCUUCUUAAUAAAAACAAAGAAGAGAAGUCUUUCCUUUUCUAAGAAUUAGAAGACAAAGAAAGCAUGAUUAUUUAGCUCAAUGAAAAAAUUCUAGAAUCAGAAAAAAGAAUUAAAGAUGCAAAUAGAAGAGCAUCGCACUCACCGAAUAUGCAGAAUGAAAGAGACGAAGCCAUUAAAAAAUUUAAUAAAAUAAAGAAAGAAAAGGAAGACCUUCAACAAUAGUUGGAGGAAGUCUCUCAAAAAUUACAAAAAACAAAGCAAAUUAACUAAGAACUAACAAAAGAAGCAAUUGAAUUGAAUAAAGAAAAAUUAUAAAUGAGUGAAGAGUUUGAUAAUCUAUGCCACUAGUUGGAAGACAGAGAAAACAAAAUAGCAGCUAUAGAAGAUAAAUUCUAAAUACUUCUUCAAAAGUUAGAAGAAAAAGAAAUCCAGCUGUAGAAACAAGCAGUGAAACCUGAACUUCUAUAAAAAAUUACACAGGAUAAGCUAGAACUAGAAGAAGAAAAUAGAGGGUUAAAAAAGGAGCUACUUGAUAUCGAUCACUAGAUUCAGCAGUAUUAAAUAAAUAUGAAGAAACUUCAACAGGAAAUAAACGAGUAUAAACAGAAGGAAAUAGAAUAAAAAGAAUAAAUAAAUGAAAUAAAUUAAAACUUAGCAAACUUAACAAGAGAUAAAAUAGGCUAUCUCAGAGAAAAUUCUGAAAAGCAGCACGAAAUAUAAAAGAUGAAACAAGAAAACUAAAACUUAAAGAGCAUGUGUGAUUAAUAUUAGACUUUAAUAGAAGACUAUAAUGAUUAAUUCGAGCUUUUCACAAAGACAAUUAAGUCUAUGGAUUCAAAAAUUAAAAAUCUUGAAAACAGAUCUCAAAAUACAAUGAUGGAAGCUAUGGGAGAAUUUAAACAGAAUUAAGAACUACAAAACUCUUAAGUUUCUAAAAGCAGCAACUAAAAUCAGUAACAAAGUAAACCAGGUUCAAUUUAACUAGAAAAUAUUGACUUAACUAACAUGAACACAGGUCAAUAAUUAAUAAAAAGGAUAGAUUAAAUGAAAAAUAUGUAUUCUAAAUAAAAUUGA